AUGUUCGCCCUCUCAACUUCAACAUCCCUUCCACCUUUUAUCGACAAUGCCAUGUCUCAAUAUUUGCCAAAGGUUAGCGAGACCAGAUGCUACUGGUCCUUAUUAUCGUCCGAAUUGGAUUUCGUCUAUCUGGAUCCCGUUCUUACCUGUCAUCUUGAAACCCAGGCUGACUUGCUCAUUGGCAAGUCCCUCCUAUUCUUUGUUCACCCCGAAGAGCAGGCUACUGCGCGAGCAGAUCUAGCAGAAGCUCUUGAACAAAGGACGAUGCAUGGUAGUGUUACCAGGGUCAGGUAUUGUCGUCUCGCUCGCAUCCGUCGCAUCCUCGGUCACAAAGGGCCUACUCAACCGUGGCCUGAUGGUGACAAGGUUUCCGUGGAUGCCUACUACAUGGUCGUCGACAUCGUAAUUAACUGGGCUGCAGAGGGCCUCGUGUUAUGCUUUAUCCACGCAGUCGUCGAUCUUGAACCUGGUGACAAUGAUGAACAUCACAGAACUCCAUGGACAAAUUGGUGUGGCACGCCAUGCAUGCACCCAGAACAGAUAACGCUAUUGCAACAGCGGCUUCUAUAUUACUUUCCUCAAUCAACCGUCACAACCAGGGUAUUCCAGAUCCUGUUCAACAACCAGCAGGACUGUCGUCUUCUGUUGAGCUGGCCAUCGGACAGCAGCCAAGAAUAUCCUGGUAUGCCAGGAGCGAAAGACUUUGCAAGACGAGCGGUGUGCAUUCAGACGUCCACUCCGGAUGUUAGUGCGAAGACGAGUUGCACGAGACGUUGGAGAAUCCAAGAUACAAUGCCUGGAAUAGGCGAAGUAGAAAGCGUGUUCAUCCUGCAUGGUUCAAUAACGUUUGCAUGCCACGCCAUUCAACAGCCUGCUUCGCAAAGCUUGUCUGUCUCUUAUUCUCAGUCUCAGCCAUUCACGAGGUCGACAGACGCCUACAUGCCUGCACACAGGCAACAUCACCCCUAUGACCUGUCGGCAAGCCCGUACACACUCCCGCCUGUGUCUACCUCAAUGCCACAACCUUACGGGCACUACACGCAGUCUUUGACGUCCCAAUACUCCCACUCGCCCUGGGGGAGUGACUCGGAGCCUUCUUCCUCGCGUUCUCAGUUUGACAGGUGGCCUGCUCAAAGCCCUGCACAUUCGAUGGCAUCCCUCCCGCCGUCUCCAAUUUAUGGCGAGAACAGAGCAUCUUUAAGCAACUACCGAGCCACACCUAGUCCUGAGGACUACAGUGCCAAUGCUGCCUUCGGGGCCAGUGUACCGCCGGCGCCGCCCUGUGGUACCGACAUUGUACCUCCUCCAAGGCACCGAGUGAGCCCCGGAUUACAUAAGGACACCCUGCCGCAUAGCACCAACAAUCGCCCUCUGGGCGUUCUCAAAUGCAGUAGUUGCAAGGCAACGUCUAGUCCUGAAUGGAGGAAGGGCCCCAGUGGCAGGAAGGAGCUCUGUAACGCAUGUGGCUUGCGCUACGCCCGUUCUCGUGCCAAGAAGGAAGGGUACGUGGUGUCGACACAGCGUCGGAAGAAAGACAAGACCGGUGUUAUGACGGCUAAUGAGGAGUCUGCGGUGCCGUCUACUCCUCCGAUACCUAUUACUGGCAUGGCUUCGAGGAUUCGUCGUGGUGCUGUUAAAAGGAGCACAUUUACUUCCUCAUCAUCUGUUGGCUCUGGAUCUGGUAGUGAAUCAUAUUCUCAACCAAACUAUGUAGCAGCAGAAGAUAAUCGACCUUCACCAUCACCUCCGUUGCCUAGUCUCAAUUUUGUUCGCUACCACCCUUAUCCGCCCUCCUCUGGACAACCACAAGUUGAUGAUCGUACAUUCCCUUAUCACACGUCCAGCCCUUUUCAACCCUCAUCUCCGCUAUCAGCACCAGUCAACCCGCGCUCUGUCGUCCCCGCCACCAGGCACUCUCGCUCCUCAGGCAGUCUGAGCUCUGCCAUGGGCUACUCCUACUCUUCAGACAGCCUCAGCUCUACAUUCUCAAUGGGACACUCUUACUUCCCCUCGUCCUCGCAGUCACCCCCACCGUCUGCCAGCAGGCCUAUCGCUACCAAGAAAUUGUUUACAAUGGAUGAUGACGGCUUUCAGCCUACCCCGAGUCCCAAAGACUUGGGUCUUCUAUUGCGCUCACCGUAUCAAACACAUCAAUUCUCGCAUUCUCCACAGACACCGGAUGAGCUCCCGCGGAGCGGGCAGUCAUCUAACUUCCGUGCUCGACCCUCCUCACAGGACAUGCGGCACGGAUACUGUCAGGCUCAGCAUGUUCAUCAGUAUGACGACGACGUUGACAAUUCAGAUUUACCGCCAGGGCAAGUCGCAUCAGGAAGCUCUCUACCUAACGAUAUCGGUGCCAUGUCUAUAUCUCAGCGAAGAACCAGGCUUGGAACUCGUACACCGAGCAGUCCCUGUGCACAAUCAUCACCCAAUACCAAAAAUAAAGCAGCCACACGUCCUCAAAGAGAUGAUCGGAAUGUGUUCGGAACGGAACACAGGAAUGGGACAGAAACCGAUGCUACCGUCGAGUCCAAUACUACUUCCGGGAAUCACAUUCCAUCUCCAGAGCUGACCCGAGCACCAUCACAUUCGCUGCGAGAUCUUACUAAUAAGCUCCAGGGAAGAUCACGCUAUCCGAUAACUUCUGGAGGCUUUGGAGACAUCUGGAAGUGUGAUUUAGUGAAGCCCGAUGGGACUGUACAAGUAGCAGUAAAGACUAUUCGUGCUUUCGAAUCUGAUGACGAGGUAUUGAUACGGAAGAAUAGUAAGAGAGUGCGUCGCGAACUCAAAGUUUGGGGCCGUCUCAAGCAUGAUAGCAUUCUUCCACUCUGGGGAGUGGCAAAUGACUUUGGACCUUACCCCGCAAUGAUUUGCCCAUGGGCUGAUAACGGAGCGCUCACGGGCUAUCUUGGGAGGCAAGAAAGCUCGUUGUCAUCUUACGAUAAGUUCUCCCUUCUGAAUGACAUUGCUCUUGGAUUGCGAUACCAGAAUGUUCUCAUUACUCACGUGCCAACUCUCCAGUCAAAUGUCUUGAUUUAUGCCAACGGUCGGGCAUGCCUUGCCGACUUUGGUCUUUCUACUAUAAUCCUGGAGUUCGUCGGUACCUCAUAUUUUACGAACUCUACUCGAGGGCACGUCCGAUGGGUAGCUGCAGAAUUAUGUGAAGUAUCAGAGGAUGAUGAACUCUCGCUCAGCACCGAGUGUGACAUAUACUCAUUUGGCAGUAUCACGCUUCAGGUAUUGACUUGCAAAGUACCCUACUACAAUGUGAAGAAGGACAUUGCGGUACUGGGACAAGUCAUCAAAGGGAUCAAACCAGAACCUCCUAAGGAAUCGCAAAUAGCACCUGGGCACUGGGAGUUCAUACAGCGAUGCUGGUUGCCUCGUGCAAGUCGUCCGUCAAUUGCAGAUAUUGUAGUGUUUAUAACAUGUGAACGACAAGCUGUAUAAUCGCAUUCAACCACAGUAUGGGGAAGAUUUAGGUAUCUUUAUUGCAGAUCACAUGAUACAUGAUAAUGCCAUAGAUAGGU